AUGUAUAUUGAAAACCGGUCCCAGAUCUCGUUCAUCGAGUUGUAUGUUGAGUUUGAACAAUCUGAGGCCGACCGGAAUAUUCUACGGGAAGAUUAUAAUAGUGACAGUGAAGAAGAGUUCGAAAGCAACUAUGAAUUUGUUGCUCCAAAUGGAGAUGAAGAUCAAGGUGACGGACCCAUGGCCCCAGAUGUCACAGAAGUGGCAAAUGCACUCGCGAACGAAGUUCCGUUUGAGGAGCCAUCCUUCAUACGAGUUUUAGACCUGGAAGUCAUGCAUGUUCCAGAAUUUUCAGAAUAUAUGACUGCAGAAAUUCCUAUUGUGGAAGACGGUGAAUUUGGCGUAGGUAAGGCGGAUCAUUCGAAACUAGAUUCUAUCACAAUUGCAGAAGCAAUAAAGCCACUGGUUGAGGCUGACCCAUCCUUGAAGGUAAAAUCGGUUAUAGCAGAAAUCCAAUCGAAGUUCAACUACACCGUCAGUUACCGGAAAGCAUGGUUGGCUAAGCAAAAGGCAGUUGAAAAAAUAUUUGGUGGUUGGGAGGCAUCGUAUAAAGCGUUGCCAAUAUGGUUUGAGGCCAUGUGUCACAAGGAGCCAUCAGCUGUUGUUCAUUUUGAGACUAUGCCUGCAUAUCAAGGCGAUGAGUUGGUGGGUGAUAUUCGGGUGGAUGGGACUCACUUAUACGGAAAGUAUAAGGGUUGUUUGCUUGUGGCAGUUUCACAAGAUGGCAACAACAAUAUCGUCCCAAUUGCAUUUGCUAUUGUGGAGGGAGAGACCUCUGAUGCAUGGCAUUUUUUCCUUAGUAACUUUCGUCAACAUGUUGUUACUCGUGAUGGUGUGGGUCUAAUAUCCGACAGGCACGAAUCCAUAAAUGCAACUGUGGAACGCAGUCACGGUCUCACGGAGCGUGGUCACCUCCAAGAGCUUUUCAUAUGUUUUGCAUCAGGAUAUUCUAGGACGGUGCGGGAGUAUGAGGUGCGUUACGAGCGGUUACGGGAACGUGGUGAGGCGUACACAAACUGGUUAAACCGAAUUCCUCGCGAGCAGUACGCAUUGGCCUUUGAUGGUGGGUAUCGAUGGGGGCACAUGACAACGAAUCUUGUGGAGUGCAUUAAUUCAGUUUUGAAGGGUUCACACAAUCUCCUCAUUACUGCUCUUGUGAAGGCAACAUUCUACAGGCUAAAUGAGUUAUUCACCCGAAAAAGAGCGGAGGCGGAAGUAAGGAUCAAUGCUGGCCAUGUGUUCUCUGAUAUCGUGACCUCCAAGUUGCAUGUAAACCAACUUGCAUCAGGAAAUAUUCAGGUUAGUUGCUUUGACUGCCAGAAUGAGGUCUUUGAGGUUCGGGAGAUGCCAAGCGGAAUGGAGUUUGCAGUCGAUCUACGUGGCCUACGAUGUGACUGUGGUGAGUUCCAGGUGGACAGGAUCCCCUGCAGACAUGUAUUCGCAUGUUGUGCCAACCAGCGACUGGAUUGGCAACUGUAUGUUGAUGAUGUGUAUAAGAUGGACCAAGUGCGGCGGGUGUACCGAGCAAGGUUUAGGCCACUAGGUAAUCCUGCUACAUGGCCUGCUUACAACGGACCUCGGUUCAUUCCAAAUCCGUACCUGAGACGGGUAACGAAGGGUCGCCCAAGGAUGACGCGUUUUCUGAAUGAGAUGGACACGCGGAUGUUACGUCGUCCUAGGCGAUGUACUCUAUGUGGGGCUGAAGGACAUAGUCGUAGUAGAUGCCGUCAGACAGGUAGUUCGAACACCAACAGAGGUGCUCCCUAG